AAUUUUAACAAGGGAGACAAGACUGUUCCUGUUCCCUAGGGAGAGGCUGUUGAACUAAGUGAUGAAAGAAAAAGUGAUGAGACUUUCAAUGAAAGACUGAUAGAACCGAGUGAGGAUGACCAAGCGGACACAGAAAUAUCUGAGUUUCCAUAGGAGUGUCGUCUGUUAAGUUGCAGCAGACGAUUAUCGUCGUCGGGACGCUGGCUUGAGCAUCAUUUGCCAGACUGUGGUAAAAGAAAAUAACUAUGGCAACAGCUCAAGCAGUUCGAACAGACGAAAAAACUGGAUCCUGGGCAUCUAUGUUUCCGGUUGAACAAGUGACAGAGCAGCAGUCAACUUUAUUUGCAAAGAAGCUUAUGGCUGUGGCUAUCUCUAACAUAACUUAUCUCAGAGCUAUUUUUCCUGAACGUGCCUAUGGUGACAGAUCUUUGGGAGAUCUCAAUCUGAAGAUACUGAGAGAUGACAGUUCCUGUCCUGGUGCCUCACAGGUCAUCAAGUGGGUAAAAGGCUGCUUUGAUGCACUUGACAAGAAAUAUCUUCGAAUGUUGAUAAUAGGGAUCUAUGUUGAUCCAGAGGACCCAAAUACAAUAAUUGAGUCCUAUACAUUCAAGUUUUCAUAUUCUACUCAGUGUGGGGUAGAUGUUUAUCACAAUGAGCAGAAGAUCUCCAGCAUGCACACAACGGAGAAGACAAAGAAGGAGACUAUUCAGUUACUGCGUACAAUCAUUGUUUUGACACAGAGUCUUCAACCUCUUCCAGACAAUGUCAUGAUGACCAUGAAACUCCUGUAUUAUGAUGAAAUAACGCCAUCAGACUAUGAACCGCCCGGGUUCCAGCCAUCAGACCAUGAUUCUUUUCGAUUUGAAGAGGAACCAUUAAAUAUAAAGCUUGGGGAUGUAUCUACACCAUUUCAUGGUAUUAAGAUGAGGAUUAAGACUGAUAAGAAGCAGUUUGAUAUUCGUGACAACGAGACUGAGGAAACAGGUGAAGGGCAGACUAUCUCCAACAGUGGACUGGACAAGGAGCAAGAGUAUGAACAGAAACAGGAAAAUGGAAAGCAAACAGAAAGUGCCAAGAAUCCACACAUGAUGGGUAGUUCCCUUCCUUGCAGUGAGAAAGCAGACAUACCUUCUAUCAGUCCAGGAAUGCCAGAGAAAAAUAGAAAUACAAGCAAUGCCAUGGAUACUACAACAUCAAAGGAUAAAGAAGAAUACAUUGUCCGAUGUCCAUGUGGAAAAAAUGAGGAUGAUGGACUGAUGAUAGUGUGUGAGGUUUGUAACCUGUGGCAGCAUGCUGUGUGUUUUUGCAUUCUGGAAGAAGAGCAGGCGCCAGAAGAACAUAUCUGUGACUCCUGUGCAAAAGCUGGUGCAGAACAUAAAAAGGCAACGGAUCCCUACCUGACAGAGCUUUCAGCAAUUGGUGCUCAGGCUACUUGCUUAUGGAGAAGGGCACUAGUAGCUUGUACUGAAUUCACUCGACUGCUGCCAAACCAGCUGGCCGUUAGACUUGGAAUAGAAACAACUGUGGCUCAAGGGCUAAUGAACCGCUUAGAAAAGGAAGGUUUUAUAAGAUAUCAAAAUAAAGGAAGGAGCAGACUUGGAAAAGUUGUUGACAAAGAAAAACUGGAAAAUGUAGGCAUCCCCUCAUACUUCAAGCCACCGAAGGAGCAACCGACAAAGAGAAUCGAUAAAGGAAUCCCCUGUAAAAGAACUAAGCACAAAAAAUGAUAACAAAAAGGAAAAAGAUAUUGCUCAAGUGACUGAAAAGACAGCUUGCAUUAAUCUGAAUAAUCGUCAGCUCCGCAUAACGACUUUAGCUCAGAGGGAAUCAUCUCAAACAAGUGGAAGAAUAGAAAACAGCUCACUUAGUAAGGACUGGCAAAACAAAAAAGGCCGUAAACGUGCUUUUUCAAAAGUCGAUGAGAGUGCCUUUGACAUAUCCAGCAGCCAAGAUUGCUAUGAAAGCACGUUCUAGAAAAAGGAAAAGCAGCGAUGUUAAAAAUGCCAUUGUUGUUUAAGUCAGCAGAAUCAACUUUGCUGUGAAGAGUUAUGUAUUACAAUAAUAAUCACUGGAUAGUGAAGGACAUUGUAUCUGUUGUAAUAGGCAAUGUAUUCAUCGGAUGUGUAUAGGCUGAAGAGAAAUUUUCCUGUGCUAGACAAAAGGUUAUAACGUGAAAGGAUGAAAUUAUGUUAAACCACCGUUUUUCUAAAUUUUUGAAUGUUAUAGUAUUUCGAGGUAAAAAAAAUGUUUUGUGUUAACAUUUUUUUUAGAAUUUGUCCUUAGUUUGGUAGUUUUCUUUUUCUUCUAGUGUAGCUUGGAAAUUGUGUGUAAUUUUUCCAGUGUUAUGUGCAGAUUGCUAAGUCUACUACCUCGAGAAUACUCUCAGGUAUGUAAUAAAAAAAAAAUUGAA